GAGCCGCCGCGGGCAGACGGCUCGGUGCGCGGUCACAAUGGGAGCUGACGAGCUACGCGCUCUCUUGUGUGGACGCCCACCGCAGAGUGACGCUCCUGGGCGUGAAACACUGCGCCGUAAAUACUGAGGAUGGACAAUGGCGAGCUGGUUGCUGAGUGGCAUGUCACCAAACCACUGGACUUGCUGCGGUGCUGCGGUAAUUUCACUGCAAAGCCCAACCAUGAGAAGAUACAAGGAGUCAACCAAUUAGUUGCACGUGUUCAUGAUUGCCUGUUUAGUAUUCCAUCCAUGUCGCCGACCGCUGACGACCUCUGUCAGCGCUACAGGCAUCUCCUGACCACUCCUCUAACAAUCGGAAGUCUCCUCCGCCUCAGCUAAUGUUUAGAGCGGCUAGCGUGCGCCUCGAUUAGCGCCUGUUUAAUGAGGGAUCCGGGGGAGGGCGACGCUCGUCAGCGGGCGAGCGUGCCCCGCGGCGGCGGCGGCGACGCGUGCGGACGCCCUCGCGCCGUUUCCUUUCACUGCGCUCACGGCGUCUUUGGCGCACUUGCGGCGGCCGACGGAGGAAAGUGAGGCGCCGCGCCGCCGCCGCAGUCGGCUCGCGGACAGCGACGGAUGCGGCGCGGAUGCGGCAGCGCGCGGCGCAUGGCAAUGUGCACGUGAGGUCGACACGAGUGGCUACGGACACGGGGACUGGAGUGCGGUACUGGGAGAGCGAGUUGGACAAACGAGGAGUGUGCUUACAUAGUGGACAUGUAGGGGAGAGGCAGAGCUGAUAGGAGUCGAAGAAACUAAUAAGUGCUGGACAGUAAUAAGUGAGACACUGGAGAUCACGAAGUGACAGCUAGUGAAGCGAAGGCAAGGAAAGGAUCUACAUAAACAGAAUCUUACGGACUCAAGAUGUCGAACGUGACAAUAGUUCGCAUCAGCGGAGGGCCAGAAAGUCUGCCUGCCGGCGUGGGACCGACCCCUGCUCGCGCUCCCAGCCCCCGCUCGGAGUCGGGGGACGCCUCUCUGGUGACCUUCGCCAGCGGUCGGGUCACGCUAAAGGUCGACGGCAGCGGGUCACCGGAUCUGCCGCGGCGACCGCAGCGCACACGCCGCCGCACUCAGCUGGUUCACCACCGCGACCGCCACCUGCGGCAGGAGGCCAAGGUAGUGCGGUACCUCCCCUCUCCGAAAGCAGCACCCCUACCCAGGCGCAGCUCGUCGACCAGUGACGCCGCCACCUGCACAUCCACCUCUGACAUCGAGACCGACGCCGACGCCAGUCCGGCUCCCUCGUCGGCAGCGUCGAGCUACAGUGAGCGGAGCGGUGUCGAGUCGGUACCGCCUCCACCGACCGGCCUCCACUACCGGCUGUCACUGGCAGAACAAUACCAGAAUCAGCUGUUCGCCGAGCCCAGCUACGUCAUCAGCGCACCGGCGGCAUUCGCCGGCGACUGGGCGGCGAGCAGCGACGCUCACGACUCCGGUCUGGAAGGGUCAGAAAGCGAGGCGACACCGCGUUCGGAUAGAGAGAGCCACGCUAAGGCAGCGACCCGUGACCGCGCCCGGGAGCCGCAGCGGUCCGAUGACGUCACAGACGGCGGCUCGGAGCGGGCUAGUGACGUCACGGACGGCGGCUCGGAGCGGGUCGCCGUCUCGGAACAGAGCGAGUCGCGCGCGGAGCGGGCGGGCGAGAGGUGCGGCGCCAGUGACGGCGGAGAGUCGGAGGCGUGCGCCGCUGCUGCAACUGAGGAGGAUUCCGGUGAAUCAUUUACGGUCAUCUCAGAGGAGUCGGGCUACUGCUACAUCCCCGCUAAAGAGCAGCGGGAGUGCAGCCAGGAGUUCCUCAUUGUUGUCAGUGAGCGCGUCUCACCGGCUGACUUCGCCUCUUCUGAGGAGGAGCAAGAGGAAGAGCCUGCUGUCCCUGAGAGUCCAACAGCGACUCGGAAAGUAUCGGCAGCCACCACGGUCGACAAACACUUCUACUUCGGAGAGGAAGUUGAGAGAGCCAGCAGCGAGGGAGGCAGCAGCCAGGGCGAUUGUCCGCCUCCUGGAGUGGAAGUGCCUUCCGCCGCUCUGACGGUACACAACGUGCGCCGACUGGAGGAGCUACAGGCUCGCUCGGCGCUGCCCGACUCAUUCCUCGCCUUCAAACAGGCUCUUCUCGAGAGUGGAGAUAUGAGUGGACUCCGCAAGGCAGACCUGUACACUGUGCUGGGAGGCACGGUGCGAGGCUACCCGGCUAGUUGGGACGACCUCGGAUCCAAGUUCGAGGAGCCCGACAACCGCUCAGAGGAGCCUCCAGCUCCCGACACCGACUCCCGUUCGGGUGUCUCGAUCGACGCAUGGACGGUGGACCGACGGGGACGGUACCGGGCAGCCGGGAAGCCCUCCGGCUCGCGCCGCGCCGCCGCCACCGCGCUGGCCGCGCUCGGCACCGACUCUGACGGCUGGUACCCGCUCUGUGUGCGCUGCGAGGACACGGUGUACCCGCAGGACGGCGUGCGGCCCACCGCCGACUCGGUCUACCACGUGGCGUGCCUGCGCUGCGCCAGCUGCGAGCGCGCUCUGGACAGAGAGGAGGUGCACGCCGCCGGUCGGCUGCUCUUCUGUGGUCUGCACGCUCCGGCGGAGGCCACUGUCUGUCAGCCGGGACACCGGGUCGGCUCCCGACACGGCAGCUGCGCAUCGUCAGUAGACGGACAGCAGGUGUCGACUAGAGCGGCGCAGUAGUUCCGGCCACCGCCGCCAGGGUGUCGGCGACCUGAAACCGGCGACUACGCGCUGCUCUGGCCGCGGGCUCUGACGAGAAUGCGUCCGGGGCGACAGGGGAGGAUACGUCUGUCUGUCAGGGAAGGGUUGGAGAGUGAGGGACAUGUGCCGCGCGACAGGUGAACAAACCACGAGAGACUGUCACAGUCGCUUGUCUUUCGGACUGAAAGAUGUCGAGGCCAUGACUAUCAGCGCUCGUGAGUCGUGAUCCAACCUUUGUCAUAAAAUGGGUGAUGGGGCCCGCCUAAAAACACAGCCCGCUGAGGCAAUCGGCACGGACGAUACGGACUACUCUGAGGCAAUCAUUACGGACGAUAUCACGGCCUGUGAGGCAAUCGGCGCUGUCCGGAACCGUUCCGGCCGGGUGGCUCGGCGGACACGGCUCCUGGGCGCGACGGAGUCGGCACGGCGGUGGUCUGGGCCACCGCGUCAGCGCCGUGGUGGUCCAGAGCCCGCCAGGUUGGACGGAUCACUCACUGAGAGACUACACCGUCUGAGAGAAACACCGAGCUAGCGGUGAGGGCGUGUGCUCUGUCGAAGUAUAUGGAAACGUGAGAUAUUAUAACUUCGUCAGGUUGCUGAGUGAAAAAUAGACGGUGCUAUUGAGGUCAAAAUGUAAACUGUUUUGAGGACCGAUGGAUCGUCACAACGAGUGUAUCAUCGAAAAGUGAUUAUGAAUGCUGAUAUAAUUGAUGUUGGACUGGACGACAUUUAUGAAGUUUCACAGAGAAAAUGGCAGAUGGCUAGAUCCUGAUCGUCUAUUUAGAGGCCCUGAUUGUACAGUAUUAGCAGUUGGGAUACGCAUGGUGUUACAGUACGAGUGCUUUCUAUUCCUUGGUAGCGUUAGUUCCUGAAACGGGGGAGAGCAAUGUGUACUUAUGAAAAUGUAGCGCUAUCCCGGCGGAUGAUUUGUUUGCAACUAUGUAUCAGCUUUCACCGUCUGAGAAGGGCCACUUGCAACUCAAACAUUUACAUAAUUCCGAACACCAAAAGUAGAAACACUGCAGCGUGGCACGUUACGGUACUACUGUUUAAUUUGGCGAAGUCUGGAAUACACUAUGUAAUUGCAUAAUGUGUACCAAGUGCACUUACUAACACACAGCGGCUCUUUGAGUGAUGUGUGCUACACGGCAACAGCUUAGAGGGAUAACAUGUGCUGCUGUACCUACCUAACUACCCAUAUGGUGUCAUGUUUUGUCACAAUACUGAGGACUGGACUGUUGUCUUUUUAUGAAGCUUCAGUUUUCAGUAAGUUGUCAACGGAAUGUGAGCGCUGAGCGAACUGAGGUGCCUUUAGCGAUGAAGUUUCCCAACACACCGUGUUUGUGUUACACUGAGAAUAUGGACAAGGUCUGAAUGCUCAAUUAAGUGUCGAUUA